AUGCCUUUGAAUGAUGUUGAUUUAGUACGUCGACGCCUUUCAGUCGGAUUAGCAACUGAUCUAGUAGAUUUUAUUGUUCAUUUAUAUGAUGAACAAUCAUUUGAAGAAAGACAUUUUAAAUCUAUUUGGGAUGUUUUUCAUCUAUUGGAUGAGGAAAAUGAAAAUCAGAAAUCUUGUUGGAUUGAAGUUAUUAAUCGAGGUUCGAUGAAUUUACCAAGAAAUAUGGAACUAUUUUGUGAACAUUUUGAUAUUCAUCCAUUAACAAUUGAAGAUAUAUCAACAUUAGCACCAUAUAUGAAAUUAGAUUUAUUUAAUGAACAAUCAGCUGUUUAUCUUCUAAUGAAAAUUAUAUCAUGGAAUACUCAACGUGUUGAACAACAUCAAAUAUCAUUUUAUUUAAAACGUUCAAAAAAUCUAUUAAUUACAUUUCAAGAAAAAAAUAGUGGUUUUGAAGAACUUUUUGAUGAUAUUAGAAAUCGUUUUCGACGACAAAGAAAUUAUACUGGUGAUCAAUCACUUUAUCCAAAUAGUCGACUGAAACAAAUGACUAUUGAUUAUCUUUUUUAUUGUUUAUGGAAUGCUAUUAUUGACAGAUAUAUGAUUGUCUUAGAAGAAGUAGCUAGAUGCUUGGAUCAAUUUGAUGAAGAACUUAUGGCAGAUAAAGAAUCACGAACAAUGGAAACAUUACAUUCAAUUUAUCGUAUAAAACAUGAUCUACUUCAUUUAAGAAUUUUAUUUAAUCCAUUAAAAGAAAUUAUUUGUCGUUUACAACGAACAACACAAGAUGAAAAAUUUAUAUCUCUACGUGCAGAUGCAUUACGUCGACUUGAUUUAAAACAUCGUCUUAUUCGACGACAAGUUAAAUUUUUUCGACAAACAUCACAAACAACGGAUCCUUCAUUAAAUACACAAAUUACUACAACAGAUCAUCCUCCAAAAAAAUCUCCAAGAACAUCUCUAUUUUUCAAUGAAUAUGUUUAUAUUUAUUUAAGUGAUUUAAAUGAUAAUAUCAAUCAAUUAAUUGAUGCAUUAGAAAUUCAACGUGAAAGUGUUGCAAUGCUUAUAUCAUUUUGGCUUACUUUAAAUAAUAAUGAAACACAAGAAACACUUAAAUUUCUCAUGUUGAUAUCUGUUCUUUUUAUGCCAUGUGUAUUAUUAACUGCAAUCAAUUCUACAAAUUUUCAAGUAGAACCAACACUUCAGUAUAAGUAUGGAUAUUAUAUAGUACUUAGUCUUAUAGGUGGUAUACUACUUGGUAUGAUUUCGUGGUAUAAAGCUAAACGAUGGAUUUAA